GGUGACACCUAACAUUACCUUACGCAACAUUAUCUGAAUUAAUCGGGAAAUAUUAUUUCAAUUUACUCAAUCUACACUCUUACCUACCGAGGUGUUUGGGGAAACUCGUUAACAGAAUUAAACAGGUCUGUAGUGUGUUUGCUGUCGUGGUUUGCAAUUGCUGAGCAUGCGACGAGCUUCGUCGACAUCUACUUUGCUCAUGCGAUUGAGCUAAAUACGCUAUCCAAAUAUACGAAAUGGAAGUUGCAAAUGGAACCCCAGCCCCUGGUGCUCCGGCAACAAAUGGCGAGCGAGAAGAUCCAGGGGGCUUCAAGCUAAAAUUCUGUACUGUCUGUGCCAGUAAUCAAAAUAGGUCGAUGGAAGCACAUCUACGACUAUCGCAGGCUCACUAUCCCGUCAUAUCUUUUGGUACAGGGUCUCUUGUUCGGCUUCCCGGACCUUCGAUUACUCAACCCAAUGUAUACCAGUUUAAUAAGGUAUCGUACGAUGCGAUGUAUAAGGAACUCCACGAGAAAGAUCCCAGGUUAUAUACUGCCAAUGGUCUAUUGAACAUGCUAGGAAGAAAUAGACAAGUGAAGUGGGGACCAGAACGAUGGCAGGAUUGGCAAAUAGGCAUUCCCAGAACCGAUCAUACGACAGAUCGCGGAAGCGAAGGUACGGAGGGUGGCGUGGUCGACAUCGUUUUUACGUGCGAAGAGAGAUGUUGGGAUGCUGUCAUUGAUGAUCUGUUGAAUCGAGGUUCCCCGUUGAACCGUCCCGUUCAUGUCAUCAACGUUGACAUCAAGGAUAACCACGAAGAAGCCUCGAUCGGGGGUCGAGGCAUUCUCGACCUCGCAGACUCAUUAAACAAUGCGGCUAGGGAGGAACGUGAGAGCAUGGGACCCGCCGCAUUCGACAUGGCGAGCGCUGCUAGCAGGGCCACAUUUGACGAACGUGUGCCGGAGAUAAUUGGAGAAUGGCAGGAGAGGUGGCCGAAUUUGCCGGCGACGUGGACGUUAGCCUGGUUUUGAUAUGUGGUUGCGGAAUUUCUUUUUACCCAUGAUACCCCGGAAUAUUUUCCAUCACCGAUGAUUAGAGGCGUACCGACACUUGAUCAUUGCCUGAAAUUUGCAGCUUAGAAUGACAAUUACCAAUUCUUACCACUAGAUCUGGUUUAAAGACGUGGCAAGGCUAGUUGUGAAGAAAAGCUCUACUAAUAUUUCCUAAGUUACGUUACCAUCAAAAACAAAUCUCAAUGAC